CAAAGAAAAAAGUGCAUUACCGAUAUUUAGACUGUGAAGAAAAAUCUAAAAAUUACUCUCAUGGUGGAGUCGCCUUCAAACUACCCUUUUAUUAGCCGAGAUAAAGUUCUAUGCAUGCACAUGGCAUUUCCUAAGGUCGUCAGCCACAGCCAGCAUCCAGGCUCACCUCUCCCUAAUGCCUUGCCAUUCAGGGGCCAACAGCAUCCCUAUUGUGUGGGAAGAUGUUAGGAACGCAGAACAGGGGGCCCUAUAUCUCCGUACCGAAACCCAAGCUACAUUAAACCGAAUGAUUCCUACACAGGCUUGAAUUUGAGGAGCGUUAGUUACUUUAAUAGGCCAUUCCUUGACCCAGGAAACAGUGCUAAUACUUCUCCCUGACAGUGGCAGCAGCUGGCAAAUCCCCAUAGGGUAGAAUAAGAAGAACUCUAUGACUGAGAACAGAGCGGAGCCAAGAAUCCCAGCCACCCAGCAGGUGCCAGGACCAACCGGCCAGCAUCACUGGGCUUCCGGGGCGCGCGGCCCCGAGCGCGCGCAUGCGCCAAGCCGGGAGGGUGUCCUCUCACUUCCCGUAGGCCGCCCCGCUGGAGUUUGCGGGCUUCGGAUUGCCUAGCUCUGGAAUUCUGAGGCUCCUUCUGGAUGAGACCUGAGCUGUUCGUGCAGCCAGAAAAUCCGGGGUUCCAGCACGGAGGGGAUCCAUCGCUCCAGAUAAUACGUCCUGAUCCUCAAACUAAAAAGAAAACCCCAGGAAGGAGUGAAGGAUGAAGCUCUACAUAUAGUAGUUACUCAAUAAACGUUUAUCAGAGGUGAGAAGAAUUCCAUGAAGACAGACAGGAUUAACCAAGAUAAUGGUGUUUGAUUUCACAGAGUAAAUUCUCUUGGAGAAGAAUUUUGCAGAUAUCCAAAAAUGAUUGAGAUUGAACAGGCGGAGGCCCAGCUCUCUGAGCUAGACCUGCUCGCCAGUAUGUUCCCUGGUGAAAACGAGCUCAUAGUGAAUGACCAGCUGGCUUUAGCAGAAGUGAAAGAUUGUAUUGAAAAGAGGACAAUGGAUGGACGAUCUUCAAAAGUUUACUUUACUAUCAAUAUGAACCUGGACAUAUCUGAGGAAGAAAUGGUGAUGUUUUCUCUGGCCUGUAUUCUUCCCUUUAAAUACCCUGAAGUUCUGCCUGAAAUUACCGUCAGAUCAGUAUCACUAAGUAGAUCUCAGCAGACUCAGCUGAACACAGAUCUAACUGCAUACCUGCAAAAGAACUGUCUCGGAGAUGUCUGUAUAUUGAAUGCCACAGAGUGGGUUAGAGACCAUGCUUCUGGCUAUAUCAGCAGAGACACCACACCUUGCCCUGCUCCAGGAAGUACAGUCCAGCCAGUUGAUCUCAUUCUCACAAGACUGUGGAUCUAUAGCCAUCACAUCUACAACAAAUGCAAAAGAAAGAAUAUUCUAGAGUGGGCAAAGGAGCUUUCCCUCUCUGGAUUUAGCAUGCCUGGGAAACCUGGUGUUGUUUGUGUGGAAGGCCCACAAAGUGCCUGUGAAGAAUUCUGGUCAAGACUCAGAAAAUUAAACUGGAAGAGAAUUUUAAUUCGCCAUCGAGAAGACAUUCCUUUUGAUGAUGCAAAUGACAAAAUUGAAAGAGAAAGAAAAUUUUCAUGUUUUGAAGAAAAAGUAUUCAGCGUGAAUGGAGCCCGAGGAAACCAUAUGGAUUUCGGUCAGCUGUAUCAGUUUUUAAAUUCCAAAGGUUGUGCAGAUGUUUUCCAGAUGUUCUUUGGUGUGGAAGGACAAUGACUGGGCAGAGGAGUAGUUGAAAGUAUUUUGUCACUGUUGGCCUUUCGACUUUCCCCCCCCCCCGCCCACUGUCUCUUGAAAGAUGAAGUAAUUCUUUUUUAGCCCCCUUCCAGAAUGUUAGGGGGGGAAAAAGAGGGAAAAAAGGUAGUAUAGCUGAAAUGUAUCUGUUAAAAAGAUGUCAUAACUGAAAGAACUGUUUUAAGUAUAAUCUUAAAAUCGUUGAUAGAAAGUUCUUGACAUAGAAAUUACCCAUUUUGAAAGAGAAAUUAAUUACACCAGAGGGAGAGGCAGGUCCAGCUUGCCGUCUGCUCCCACCUGUCCCCCCAGCCCUGCUUCCACUAAGAACCUGGAAAAGCUAGAUGUUCACUCUCCCAGCCUCUCUUCCGCUAGGGGUGGUCUCAACACACGGCUUUGGGUGGGGGACUACUGGGGAAACUUCUGCUCUCCUGGUCAAAAGCGCAGAUGCAGCGAGGGCACCUCUUCUUCCCCUUCCUGCCACAGACACUACAGAAAAGGCUGAAGCUGCAGUAGGGCAGGAAGGGCCAAGAAAACCACAGAGAUGCCCGUCCCCACGUUGUUGAGCUGCCGAUCCAACACCAGCCCCUGCCUAUCUCUAGACAGCUUGUUACGAAAUAAAACCAGUUUCGUUUCA